UUACCAAUUUAUAUCCAUUAGCAAUACCAAUUUCCUGGCACCUUUGCCAGCACCAAGUAUUGUUUUUUAAAGACUAUUUCAGUUUCAUAUUCUAUGCUAUCUUAUUCUUUUAGCCAUUAAAAUUGAAUAUUUUUCAUGUAUAUAUUGGCCAUUGUGUAUCUUUUUGAAUUGUCUGUUCUUAUCCUUUGCUAAAUUUGCUAUAGGAGUCUUCAUUUUCCUCCUAGUUGAUUUAAAAUUUCCUAAAAAGGGAAAUUAUAAUUAUUUUCUUUUGCAUGAAAUGUGGUAAUUAGUUGUCAUUGAUGUUUUUCUGUCAAAAAUUGGUAAAGUGUCUAUAAGCUUGUUAUCAUCUCAAACUCCAAAGAUCCACAGAUCUUGAGUACUUUACAUGUGCUUUAUAGGAUUAAGAUACAAGUAGAUCGUUGUGUUUUCAUUUUUAAAACAGUAUAGUGGUGGCACAGAAACAGACAUAUAGCUCAAUAGAACAGGAUCGAAAGCACAGAAAUAAACCAACGCACUUAUGGUCAAUUAAUCUACGACAAAUGAGGCAAGAAUAUACAGUGGAGACAAGACAGUGCCUUCAGUAAGUGGUGGUGGGAAAACUGGACAGCUACACGUAAAAGAAUGAAAUUAGGGGCUUACCUGGUGGCGCAGUGGUUAAGAAUCCUCCUGCCAAUGCAAGGGACAUGGGUUCGAUCCCUGGUCCGGGAAGAUCCCAUAUGCCGUGGAGCAACUAAGCCUGUGUGCCACAACUAUUGAGCCUGCGCUCUACAGCCCGCGAGCCACAACUACUGAAGCCCACAUGCUCUAAGGCCCAUGCUCCUCAACAAGAGAAGCCACCACAGUGAGAAACCCGCGCAACGCAACGAAGAGUAGCCCCUGCUCGCUGCAACUAGAGAAAAGCCCAUGCGCAGCAUCGAAGACCUGAUGCAGCCAAAAAAAAAAAAAAAAGAAUGAAAUUAGUACGUGCUCUAACACCAUAUACAAAAAUAAACUCAAGAUGGAUUAAAGACCCAAAUAUAAGACCAGUGAAGGUCACAUGAUCCUAAUAGUUGAAAACAGGUAACUCUGCACUCUUCACCAUGGUGAAUCUUGGAGAUCAGCUCUGGCUAUGAGAUUCUUUUGCAACCAUUUCUACUCUGGCUUCCCUACUCUGAAUCUGUCUAUGAUCUUCUCCCAAAGGAGUUACAGUUACCUCCAUCUAGAGAACCAUCUGUAGCAUCAAUGAGUCAGACAAGUGGUGGUGAGGCAGGCUCGCCUCCUCCAGCUGUAGUUGCUGCUGAUGCUUCUUCAGCUCCCUCCUCUUCCUCCAUGGGCGGUGCUUGCAGCUCCUUUACCACCUCUUCCAGCCCUACCAUUUAUUCUACCUCAGUCACCGACAGCAAGGCUAUGCAAGUGGAGAGCUGCUCCUCAGCCUUGGGGGUAAGUAACCGAGGGGUAAGUGAAAAGCAGUUAACCAGUAACACAGUUCAGCAGCAUCCAUCAACACCGAAGAGGCACACAGUCUUGUACAUCUCACCACCACCUGAGGACUUGCUGGAUAACAGUCGGAUGUCCUGCCAGGAUGAGGGGUGUGGAUUGGAAUCUGAGCAGAGCUGCAGUAUGUGGAUGGAGGAUUCCCCCUCCAACUUCAGUAACAUGAGCACCAGUUCCUACAAUGAUAACACUGAGGUACCUCGUAAAUCACGAAAACGAAAUCCAAAGCAGAGGCCGGGGGUCAAACGACGAGAUUGUGAAGAAUCUAAUAUGGAUAUAUUUGAUGCCGACAGUGCCAAAGCACCUCACUAUGUGCUUUCUCAGCUUACCACGGACAACAAAGGCAACUCAAAAGCAGGAAAUGGAACAUUGGAAAACCAAAAAGGAACUGGAGUAAAGAAGAGCCCUAUGUUGUGUGGACAGUAUCCUGUUAAAAGUGAGGGAAAGGAGCUGAAGAUAGUUGUACAACCUGAGACCCAGCACAGAGCUCGAUACCUAACUGAGGGUAGUCGUGGCUCAGUAAAGGACAGAACACAGCAAGGCUUUCCUACAGUAAAGCUGGAAGGCCAUAAUGAGCCAGUAGUGUUGCAGGUGUUUGUGGGCAAUGACUCUGGUCGAGUGAAACCACAUGGAUUUUAUCAGGCCUGCAGGGUAACUGGGCGAAAUACAACUCCCUGCAAAGAAGUGGACAUUGAAGGCACUACUGUUAUAGAAGUCGGCCUUGAUCCGAACAACAAUAUGACACUGGCGGUGGACUGCGUAGGGAUAUUGAAAUUGAGGAAUGCUGAUGUUGAAGCCAGAAUAGGAAUUGCUGGUUCCAAGAAAAAAAGCACUCGUGCCAGAUUGGUUUUUCGAGUUAAUAUCACAAGGAAAGAUGGCUCCACUUUGACACUGCAAACACCCUCUUCUCCGAUUUUAUGUACUCAGCCAGCAGGAGUGCCAGAAAUCUUAAAGAAGAGCUUACAUAGCUGUUCAGUGAAAGGAGAGGAAGAAGUAUUUUUAAUCGGCAAGAACUUUCUGAAAGGAA